CCACAGAUGAAUCAUAUGAAUCAUAUGAACCAGAUGCCACAGAUGAAUCAUAUGAACCAGAUGAACCACAUGAACCAGAUGGCUCCCGUCCACUACAGCAUGCGCUCUAACACUUUAGGAGGGCCCAAUAAAAAGGACUACAUUGAGGAGUUGACCAAACAGAUGGACGUCUGCCAGAAGCGUAACCAGUUCCUGGAGGCAGAGGGCGUGGCGAUGGAGAAGGAGAGGAACCAGAUAAGGUAUGAGAUGCGCGGCCUGCUGGUGAACAACGAGGACCUGCUGAGGACCAACACCCAGCUGACCAAUGAGAUGAAGAGGAUGAGAGAGCAGAUGAUAGAGAUGGAAAGAGAGCACCAAUCCCUGGGCGAGAGAUUCAGGGAGAUGGAGAUUGAGGUGAAGCAGGCCCGGGACGUGAUGGUGGAGGCCAAUACUCAGGAGUACGCCUUCAAUUUCCUCCAGCAGACCCUCAAAAACAAGAUCCAGGACGCUGAGGAAAACCUGGAGAAGCAGACGCAGCACGCCCAGUCUCUGUCUGAUAAGUUGUGGGUGACAGAGAGACGACUGGAGGAGCUGGAGGUGGACAAAGAGACCAGAGACAAGAGGACAACCGAACUCAACAGCAACCUCUUCAGGAUGGAGACAGAGCUGGCGGAGGCCCUGCUGGUGUCCACGCAGGCUUCAGUCGAGCUGAGCCUCCAUCAGAAGCUGCGUGUGGACGAGCAGCAGAGGGUGGACGAGCUGGAGGAGGAGCUGCUGGAGAAGGAGCAGGAGCAUCAGAGACUGCAGAGCCUCGUGGGCCGCCUGCAGGGAGAGGUGAGCAAACACUGAUCAAUACAACCAUGGUUUUACACCAA